CGAGAGCCGAGGCAGAAGGAGAGGAGGAGGAAGGGGCGUCGGCCAUGGGGCAGUGCGGGAUCACGUCCUCCAAGACGGUCCUCGUCUUCCUCAACCUCAUUUUCUGGGCGGCAGCUGGCAUAUUGUGCUAUGUGGGAGCCUAUGUCUUCAUCACAUACGAUGACUACGACCACUUCUUUGAAGAUGUUUAUACACUCAUCCCUGCAGUGGUUAUCAUAGCGGUGGGGACACUUCUCUUUAUCAUUGGUUUGAUUGGCUGUUGUGCCACGAUCCGGGAAAGCCGCUGUGGACUCGCUAUAUUUGUGAUCAUCCUUCUGUUGGUUUUUAUCACUGAAGUUGUGGUGGUUGUUCUGGGCUAUAUCUACAGAGCAAAGGUGGAGGCUGAAGUCAAUCACAGUAUUAAGAAGGUGUAUGACACAUACAAUGGAACUAACCCGGAUGCUGCGAGCCGUGCUAUUGAUUAUGUGCAGAGGCAGCUGCGCUGCUGUGGAAUCCACAACUACAGUGACUGGGAGACCACAAACUGGUUCAAAGAAACGAAAAACAACAGUGUCCCUCUCAGCUGCUGCAAAGCCACCAGCAGCAACUGCACAGGAAGUUUGGCUCACCCCACAGACCUUUAUGCCGAGGGAUGUGAGGCUUUGGUUGUAAAGAAACUACAAGAGAUCAUGAUGUAUGUUAUCUGGGCAGCUCUGGCAUUUGCUGCCAUUCAGCUGCUGGGUAUGCUGUGUGCCUGCAUCGUGCUCUGCAGGAGGAGUCGGGACCCUGCUUACGAGUUGCUCAUCACAGGAGGAACCUACGCAUAGAAGCUGCUGCAAACCUAAGCUUGAACACCAUUUUCUCCACUC